AUGGCUUUACUCGCAUCUGGCAGAGAGAAGUUCCUUCUCUCCAUCUGCAUCAUCCGACUGCCUGCUGACUAUGGUAAAACUUGACAAAACUUUUUUUUCUCUGUCUUUUAUGACAUUAAACUCUGGGGAAAGACUUGAAUAAUAUUGAUUUGGAUAUUUAUCCGUUUAAAACAUCGAAUUAUCUCAUAAUUUUUGCAGAAAAAAGACCAACUUUGAUCAAAUGUUUAAUGUAAUAGGCCUAUUUUUUGACAGAAAUAGAUUCAUGUUUCGACUUAUACGGUCUUUAAAUAUUGAUAAAUGUAAUGUGCACCGACGGUAAUAGGAGUAACAUGAGUAAAAAUAUGAAUAUUAGUGUUUGAGCAAAAAUUGUUUUUUACUUCGUUGAAAUGUUUUAACAUUGAAAGUAAUGGGCAAAGAUGGCGCCGGUUCCAUUAUCAUUCCAUCGUUUAAAAAGAUGCUAAAAGUUGUAUAUUUCUCCCGCGCCAUGGAGACGACGUCAAAUAUUACACCUAUGGGAGACAUACGUCUGACGUCAGAGCUCGGGCCUGCUGUGAGUGUGAAUGACAGAGUUAUCAUGGCUGGUCAUCUACAUAUGAACGAUUCCUUCAUUACAAAUCAUUAACCAGCAAAUAAUUCAACUCUGUAAUGAGGGCAGUUCCCGAGGCUUUAACUCACCUAAUGAACAUUUAACUGCGCUAAUGAACAAUAAAUGCCACAACAGACUCAUUGGUAGUAUCUUGUGUGAACGAAAGAGAAUUAAACCUGAGAGGAAAUCUUUAUGAAAUAGCGUUUUCAUUCAUGUUAACUGGGAUCAAGCACGCCUUUUACCAUAGAAAUGUUGUAUCACAAAUAACAUCAAGGAAAUAGCGUUAUGUUUCAGUCACACAACACUUAUCCAAUAGAUUUAUAAAUCUCCAAAAUGUAAGAAAUUAAUUACAAAGAAAUGCACUUUUCCAAUAAUGAAGAAUCCUCAUCACAAUAUUUAUUUCAUUGAACACAAUUGAAGGAUUUUCAGACUCAAAUGUUGGCAUAUUUGUUUAGUAAAACUAAACAUAAUAUUGUUACAAGCUGUUAAAAUGUUAUUAUGGUCACUCUGUAAUGGUUGUAUAUAACAUGUUUAUUGUAUGAUAAAAAAGGAUGACAGAGUUGGCAUGAAAUAGAUGAGCUUGUUGAAUUGAGUGUCAUGAAACUACACAGUCUUAAACUGGACCAUCAUCUCCACAGUCUUUGGUACAUUUAGAUUUUAAAAUGUGACUUGCACUCGUCAGUAAAAUCAGUUCAAAAGGUUUGAGCAACUUUCAUCAUAUUAAAUGACAGUUAAAACAAAAAUCCAGUCAAACUUUAUUGUCACUGUGAAAGUAGCAUUGACAUCUUUGAAUGUGGUUUCAGUGUUUGGUGAAUAAGUGUUUCAUGUAUUACUGACACUUGAACUUGAUGAACUUGAAUCAUCUUUCAGUAUCAGAGUCUUUGUGUUCUUCUGUCUUCAAUCAUUUGAAUUUUGAGAUCAGAGUCCAGCAGCUACUCUGGCUUAUUUUUCUGGUCUUUAAGAAGUCCUGUCAUUGUCAUCCUGAGCGUUUGUUUCAUGUUUUUCUCUUCUCCUCUUUCUGUCCAGAGUUUCUGCCUGUGCCACGAGGAACCCUUCAGAUGUAUGUCACCAACCUGAGGAAUCGUCCCGUGGAGAGAGUUAGAGUGGUGUCCUUGAAAGAAACCGUGAUGAGCCUGUAUCACAACCUCAUCACAGGCUCUGGGGACUUCCCUGUGAUCCACUUCAGAGGACCCACUUUCUUCAGGCAGGAAUCUGCACCGUUUAGGAGGGAGGAGGACAAGGAGAACUCCACACACCCCUCACAGGCAGCUCCACCAGGAAUGAUGGUGCCACUGGCAGGUUAUACUUCCCGCACCACCCUGAUGAACCAACCCCUUCCUGAGAGGGUGGAGCUGAGGACUCUGGGUGACCCCUGGACCCGAGUUCAUUCCCUGAUGGUAGACGGGAGGAAGACAAAAAGAGUGAUCUCCACCGUCUUUGAUUCUCAUCAGUCUGUCGUCACCAACCGCUGGAGGAUCACUGACUAUUCAGAAAACGGACAGUGCCUGAUGUCCGUCCUCUGUCGCUUCACAGCCGCGUCCACCCGCUGUGUUGAGAGACCAAAGAAGAGGAAGAGGGGCCAUGAAGAGGAGGACCAGGACGGGGAGGGCAGCAGCCAGCCUCAGCCAAAGAGAAGACCAAUCAGAGUGUGA